GGGAUGCAACGGCUCGUGUGCCCGAGGGUGCUGAUGGCCUGUUUUCCGCCCGAGGGCAACAAGGAGCCCCUGCAGUGGCCCCGUCUCAACGACGACUGCAGCUCGGACGGCGACUCGGACGAGGUGCUGGACGUCGGACACGACGUUGACGACGAGGACGCCAUGGACCUGAGUCGGUGUCGCUCCGACGACGAUGACGACCUGCGCGCCUCGCCGCCCUCCUCCCUCAACAAACCACCCUCGUCCUCCUCUGGAAGACUCACCUUCUCUGUCGAGAACAUCCUCGACCCCACAAAGUUCACCGGACGCGCCCUCUGCUGGAAGCCCCUCGGACCCCAGGAGGAUGACUUGUCCUGCAGUGAUCUAGGUAAAGAGGGUGCGACUUCAGCGGACGAGGACGCGACGCGGGAGGCGGCGAGCGACGAUGAGAGCCUCCAGGGCGACGAAGGCAAGUUCCACAGGAAAAAGCCGAAAAGUGGGAGUUGCGGCAGCGGGGAAGGUGGCGGAGGUGGCUCCAAGUCAGUCGGGGGCGGAAAACCGCGCCGGGCACGAACGGCUUUUACAUACGAGCAGUUGGUUGCCCUGGAGAACAAGUUCAAGACGACGCGCUACCUGUCAGUUUGCGAGAGACUCAACCUAGCGCUGUCCCUCAGCCUGACCGAGACGCAGGUCAAAAUUUGGUUCCAGAACCGCAGGACAAAGUGGAAAAAGCAAAAUCCGGGUAUGGACGUAAACAGUCCCACCGUGCCGCCCCCGUCGUCCGCCUCCGCGGCCUCCGGCGCCGCGGGACUAGCCUACUCGAGCAGCGGCGCCUACUCAAGUCUUCUCUACGCGGGACACUAUCCCACCACUUAUUCACAGUACCCCUAUUUCCUCGCUGGACAUCCCUCCCUUGGACCAUCCACGUGAUGAAGGAUCAAUUAAAAGUGCGUGCGGAAAAACUGUUUUCGUUAAGCCCAGAAAGAGGAUACUUGAAAUUCAUUGUAACUGUGAUUGUGAUCUAAAAUUACAAAUUCUGCCGAGAAGAGACAGCACCGGAAAUUUUGAGAGGUUCUUUUCUGUAUAGAAGAAAUAUUAAUCACUUACAGGCGCCCGGCGAGGCACAGGAUCAAAACGUCACUUGUGGGAAUUGAUUUAGUUGAAUUGC